AUGCGGGGCCUGACCGCUGCACCGAGUCUCCAGGAAGCUUGGGGCCUGGACACCCUCCAGGCCUGUGGGGCCUUAAUGCAGACCCCAGCUGUGUUCAUUGAACAGCUCGACCUGUCCUGGGGCCAACACCGCAUGCGGCAGAACUUGACAUACGAGAGGCAUCGGCCAUCUCAGCCAGGCAGGAUCAUCGCGGAGGCCAUCCUGGAGCACGUCCUCGGGGCCUCUUGUAGCCGGCAGAGCUUCCGGGGAGAAGUACAGACUGACUAUGCACGCUGGCUGCGGCACUCCCUCCAGCUGGGGCUCUGUGACCUGCCCAGGGUAAGUCUGCCCUGCAGAAAGGAACAGCUGGAGGACCAGGGACCCGUGGCCCUCUUGGUCGCCGGGGAGCAUGUCCUGGGCCAGGGUGGACUCCUGCUGCGUUCCCGCUGCCACCUGGGCCUCGCACCAGACCCAGACCAUGGCCUGCACCUCAGCCUGACCCUCCGAAACCACAGCAGGCCUCAUUCAACUGACUUCUCCGGGGCGCUGGAGCUUCGUGGCUCCAAGGCUCAGCGGGUUGGCCUACUGGGCCGUGUCUCCACCUCGGCUUCUCAAAGCCUGGUCCGACUGGAGGGAAAUGUGGACAACAGAGAGGAGAAAGUGAGAUUGUCUGUGUUCCGGGCCCCAACCUGUCUCCAGGCCUCUGUGGCGCAUGAGGAGGGGGGCAGAGAGGAGAGUGUGGUGCUGCGGGCAUGUGCCCGUGGGCGGACAGCUGAGGCGGAGGUCCUGUUCCGGGAUGGCAGGCAGCCCUUCCAGCCGCUGGGACGCCUGACCCUGCAGGCUGCCAACCAGAGCCUCCUGCUGGCUGCGCAUGGCUGUCAGGGGGCCCUGCUGGGCCAUGUGGAGGCCCACACCUGCCACUGGCACCAAGAACCUUGUGUCUACUUCAUUCCUACAAGGCCCCAGCCUCUUCCUCUGUCCUCACAGUCUAGGAUCACAGCAGUUGGCUCCCAAGUGCAAGCCCAACUGGAAGAGAAGAUUCAAGGCUUGGGUGCCUCUGUGAGAAGGUUCCAGCAAUUGGUGCAGCCGGCAGGCACCCUGGAUGGCGUGGCAGGCCUCCUUCUGCAGCUGUCCCAGGCGGGGCGGGAGGCUGUGCAGGCCAGUGGUUGGGCGGUAGACACUUUGUGGGCCCGGAGCCAGGCACUGACCCAGCACCUGCCUCUUUACCUGGAGUGGCUGCAGGUGGGGCUGGAGCAGCUGCGGGAUGAGCUGGAAUGGCCCCUGGCCACACUGAAGGACGCCUACCUGGAGGUGACACUGCAGCCCCUGGAGGAGGUGUGGCGGGAGCGGGCAGAAGAGGCCAUGCGGUGGCUGCAGGCCUGGGUGCCCGGGAUGCCAGGCAAUGGGGGUCCAAGGCCCAUCAGGGUGGCCCUGGGGGCAGUGAAAGGAACCCUGGAGCUGGCCGCCCACCAGAUGCUGUCCUGGGCUGAGGCCACGUUCUCACGAGCACUGAAGAGGCUCUGCAAACCCCUACUGGACCUGUACAGCUUCUCGGCCAGAAAUCGCUCAGUGGUGGUGACACUGCCACUGCUGCCUGCGGGGGACGAGCCCCUGGAUGUGGCCCAGGUGACCAGCUACCUGGUGGAGAAGCUGCUGCGGCCGCUCCGAGAGCUGUCUGGGGCCAACGUGCUGGCCGAGUACUACCGGCUCAGACGCCGCCUGCUGGAGGGCCCCUGGGAGUAUCAUGCCCUGGUAGCCGGGGCCCAGCACGUGGUGACCUUCGAUGGCCAGGUAUGGGACCUCAGCGCCCAGUGCGGCAGCAUCCUCCUGGCCCAGGACUUUGCUCACAACACAUUUUCGCUGACACUGAGUCGGACAGGCUCGGGGCUCACGGCCCUGUCCAUGGAGCUAAACCACAUGACCCUCGUCUUCUACCCCAGUCUGCAGGCCUACAGACUGUACAACUCCUCUGUGCCGGGGGAGAGCUGUCCGGACCUCAAGCUGCAUCCUACGACAAGGAGGAACGUCCCCAGGAUUGAGCUGGCCAGUGAGGACGGGGUCUCUGUCUCCUGUGACGUGCCCACCGGCCUCUGCAGCCUGACUCUGGGCCUCUGGCACCAUGGCAUAUCUGCUGGUCUUCUAGGCACCAAUGACAAUGAAGCAGGCAAUGAGCUGAUGUUGCCAGACGGCUCUGUGGCCCGCAGCCUGGAGGAGCUCAGCCUGGCCUGGCAGGUGGGUGGUGACUGCAGGGCCACUGAGAAGACUCAGCAGGCCUGCCGGAAACAGAGCCCCACCUGCCGGGCCUUCUUCGAGGACCCCCACUCCAGUUUGAGGAACUGCUUCUGGGUGGUAGACCCUACACCAUUCCUCAGCCUGUGUGUGCAGGACGCCUGCGGCACCCGGGAGCUCCAGCCUGCCUGCAACCUGGUGGCCGCCUACAUCCACCUGUGUGCCCGGGGCUUUGUGCCCCUGGCCCCUCCUCCGCAGUGUGUUUGAGAUUUCAUCCAAGCCAGCAUUAGGCUGCCAAAGACUUCAAACCCCUUCACCUUGUACUCCAAUUCCAGUUCCUUGGCAAGGGCAAGAUUCAUGGCUGGGAGAGAAUAACCAGCAUGGAAUGCCGGGAAACUCAGAACUGCACGUGCUUCAAACGCAGGAAACAAGAGCUCUUUGCCACUGGGCUCAAAAAUACUUCUGGGGGAAACUCUCCCACUGGUCUGGGUAAUUCUCCCCCUUCCUCCACACCUCCACUGUAAACCAGGAGACAGUGUGGCCCCUGUUCAUGCCCAAGAUAUUUACUCACUUAUUCAACAGCCAUCUGGGAAGCCGCUUCAGAACACUGUGUGGUGGGGGACACGAAGCCAGGCCCUCAGCAGCUUGGUACUGGUUUUCCCUGCCUGAUCCAGGGGUCUUCUGAGGCAGGAGCUUCCUUGAGGGGAACUGAUGGCCCCAAGCCCGUUAAUCAGAAGCCUAGGGAGGGAGCUUUUCUCUCUGGGGUAGACACACUGGGACGGAAUGCUUUAGGAGACUCUGGGGAGGGCCUCCACUUUGGUAGGGGUACCUGUGAAGUCAGUCAGGCCCCCAGGCUACAGCAUUGGAAGUUUUUUACUUUCUUUUGGGAUAUAACUUUUUCCUUUGAGUUUUCAACUGAAAAAUAAAGCUGGCAGAAUCCAA